UCACGUAAUCAUAUUUCUUAUGCUUAUGUCACAAAUGGUACCAAAUUUUUCAUCCAUUAAACCGGUUAUUCCACAACUUGCUAGUUUCGAAUCGUGGCCCCAUCUCGGAAUCGCUUCGUUCUGUUUUUAUUGUUCUUCAGCAAGACACCGGGCGGGCCACGAGCAGAAUCCACGCUUCGACGGUGCGUCCAACGGGCCCUCCAAUGAGAUACUGCCGAUCUGAGCGGCUAAGCUUUGAUUCAUGCUUGCUUGCUGCUUGACUGCCUGUGCCUGCUCGCCGAUUCAGCGAAAUGAGUGAAACGUACUGCUAAUGUCUUACAGUGGAGGUUAUAGUGUAACACUCGGGAGCCAGUAAGUUCACAAUAUGCAGUGAAAUCAUGCAGCCUUGAAGCUGAAAUAAGUGCAUCCGAUAAGCAGCAUGGAACACACUGGACCAUACGGUUGGUGUAUUCUCGAGAGAGGCUUGUUCGGCUUGGUGGAUAGCAAAGGGCUGGCUACAAGAAUCGUCGUUCCAUCCACCCCACAUUACAAGGCAGUAGAGGCUUACCUAAAGCAAACAAAAGCGGAGUAUUUCACUCACGAUAUUGCAGCUACAAAACCAUUCAAAGUUGUACUGCGUGGUUUACCGGAAUUGGAACUGGACGAGUUAAAAACGGAGCUAGUCGCUUGCGGCCUAGAAGUGGAAGCAGUAUACAAAAUGAUAAGACACAACAAAGCCAUCGAGUAUCGUGAUCAGUUAUACCUGAUCCACCUGGGGUCAACUACUCUAAGCACAGUGAAAACAAUCACCGCCCUAUUCAACAUCAUCGUGCAAUGGGAGCGAUACAAACCGAUUCAUCGCGAUGUCACACAGUGUUCCAACUGCUUGAACUAUGGACAUGGCACAAAGAAUUGCCAUAUCGCUGCAUGAAAUGUGCAGGUCCGCAUCGAACAGAGGAUUGUCUUGUUGAGGAAGCCGAACAAAUCAAGUGUCUUAACUGUGACAAAGAGCAUGCUACGAACAGCCGUUCCUGUCCAAAACGACCAGAAUUUAUCAAAAUUCGAAGUGAAAUUGCCAAUCGCCAGCGACCGUCGAAUAGAAAAAGUGUACAACCUAGCGUUACACCAACCCCGCCAGCGGCUUCAAGUACGUUGCCGUUACCACCUCCUCCAACUGGUGGUAUUCCUAGCCGGGGCCUCCCCGGAUUUUUGAGUUAUGCACAGGCUACCAGCAUGCCCCCAGCAAGUAGUAAUUUGUACUCGAUGGAACAGCUAGCUACGCUUCUUCUUAAACUCGAUCAGCAAACAAAGGCUUGUCGCACCAACCAGGGACAGAUUGCGGUCAUGAUGACUUUUUACUACCGUCAUGCAUCCAUUCUUUCGAAUCCUUAACUGGAAUGCCCGCUCUGUGGCCAACAAGAAGUUAGAACUUCUACAUUUUCUGAACAUACACCACAUCGAUGUCGCUGCAAUAACCGAAACACAUUUGAAGCCGAACAUAAACUUCUGCCUGCCGGAGCACUCGAUAGUCAGACUGGAUCGCACAACCUCAGCUGGGGGCGGGGUUGCAAUUGCCAUAAGGAGAGAACUACCAUACAAAUCACCACCGAGUUUCAACACAACCUUUGUCGAAGCUGUAGGAAUCGAAAUUACCACCACUGAUUUUUAUUGCGGUCUAUUGUCCGAAGCAGUCUCGACGGGCAAAUGGAACCACGGUGAAAUUGAAGAACGAAAUUCAAAAGCUGUCUAGAAGAGGAGGCAAUUUCGUCAUCACAGGGGAUCUCAACGCUCGCCACUUCGCUUGGGGUGACUCCAGGUGCAACUCAAAUGGUAACAUCAUUGUAGAAGAUACCGAAGCUGGAUAUUAAUAUCCCGCUCAUCCGGAAUUGCCAACUUACAUCUCCCCUGCUGGUGUAGGCUCCAAGCUUGACAUUUUUCUGACCAAAAUCACCGAUCGAUUUUCGAUUCCGAAAACCAUAA